AUGUCGUCACAGCCAUCGCGCAAGGAAAUGAUGAAAAUUUUCUUGCAGGGGUACAACUCGGACACGACAAUAACCUGCCAAGGGCAAACUUUUCACGUUCAUAGUGCCAUUAUCACCAUUCUGUCGGACUUCUUUAGAGGUGCUUUUAACGGGAGUUUUAAGAAGACCAUUAACUUACCUGAUGAUGAUCCCGAGACAAUCGAACGAAUCAUUUCCUACCUAUGUCUGCACGAGUACCAAGAGAACGGGCACAUAUUGCCGUUAUCAGGAACCGCUAUAAGCAACUCUCCCCUGAAGAGCUCUAAAAAAUAUCCAGCAGACGUUGGAGCCAUCGCAAGGAACCACGUGCGAGUCUACAUAGCUGCAGACAAAUUUGGCAUUGUCCCUUUAAAGUCCUACGCUGUGAAGGAAUUUGCUCACAAUAUGAGCGCUAAUUGGCAAUUUACAGUAUUUCUCGAUAUAGCACGAGAAGUAAUGAGCUCAGUACCUCCGCAUGAUUCAGGUCUUCGAGACAUUAUUGCCGAUAUCAUAUCAAAGAACCUCACUGACAUGAAACGGGGGCCAGUUCUUUAA